UCAGCAGGAAAUGGUGGCUGCUAUGGGGACAGCCACGAUAGAGGACUGGGAAGAGAAGAAAUGAGCAAAGCCAAGAAGGGUGGGCGAAGAGAAAGGCAAAGACCCAAGAUAGGGAUCCAAGAAGAUUAGUCUUUACUGUGACAUCAUAAGAACAGUUGCCUUGGGAGACCUGCAGACCCACCUCCUAGGCAGGGGAGAGCAGGCCCUGCUGCACACAAGGCCUGGCCACUCCUCCCCCAUCAUACUGGCCCUCCAUGGAAGCCUUGGUCUGUGCAUUCUCUGAGCUUCGAAUAAGAGAAGAUGCAGUGAGCUGGGCCCCAGGACGCCCCAGCCACCCUGACACACCACCCAACAUCUAUGAGGGAGGGCUGGGGGCCCAGCAGCAGCAGGGCCCUGGUGCCCAGGGAAGCAAGCCUAAGAACUUCCGAUUGCGUCACCUCAGGAGCCUCGCUCUCUACCUGCCAGGCCACAUGCAGCCUGCUGGUCAAUGUGGAAGCCACUGGCUAGGCCGGCUCAUGGCUGGAGGCAGCCUGCCACGGCCUGAAGGCUUGGCCUGGCCCCUGGACCUGCCACAGGGGACCCUGGGUCCAGGUAACAGCCAUUGCUCAACCCUUCUGGAAGCCCAACUGCCCAGGGACAGCCUGGGAAAUACAGCUUCCAGUUCCAGCAUGGACCCAGCCAAGGGUGUCCCCUCCCAGUCUGGUCCCCCUGAGGGCUUGGGACUCAGGCCCAAGAGGUCCUGGAGAGCCUUGGAGGAGACCAUGUGUCCCUUGUGCAAGAGAACCCGCUCUGGGGCCUUGGAGAGGACAUAAGGAUCCAAAGUGCCAGGGCUGGGGAUAGUAGGGGAAGGAUGGCCGAGGAGGAGGAGGCCAGGUUUACUGAGGAAGGGUUCAGUCCCAGCAGCCACCCUCCCACUGAGAUGGCCCCCAUAGUUGCCCAGCACCAGACCUGGGUUAGUCUGGGGAAAGUAUGAGGGAGGGAGGAAGUCGUCCCAUGGGGGGGACAGAAGAAAUGGAAGCAUGCCUGUGCCCUUGCAGCCUGCCCAAACUCCGGUCAGCCACUUGUACCUGGGAGGCCAGGCCGAGCAGAGAAUCUGGUUCCUGAGAGACUAGGUAGUCCUCAGGUCUAAUCUCAGUAAAAGCCAAGGCCUGCA